GCUGCUUACAGCAGUGAGUCGCCAAAUUGAAAAUCCUGAAGCCAAACAAAUAAUCAUCAAACAACUGGCCUUUGAAAAUGCCAAUGAGGAUUGUAAACUUGCAUUGCGACCGAUAAUACACAAUCCUGCCACAGACACAGCAGCCAUGCUUCACAUUUGUCAGUCUGUAGGUACAGCCACCCACAAGGCUCAUCUGCUGGCAGCAGCGCUAAAUGAAAACCAGCCUGUAGCCACCGAUACAACUUGUUUCCAGUGUGGCAAACCAGGAUCACCGAUACCCCAGUGUGG